AUGAUCUUUCCAUUCGUUAAAGUCAUUGCUGUUGCCGCAGUUGCAAGUGCCGUUCCUUUCAAGCGUUACGACAACAACACUGAAGCUUACUCUCCUCAGUCUGGGGAUUAUGACACCACUGUGACGGUUGAUAAAUUCAUAACUAUCACCUUGCCCUCGACUACUCUGACAGUCCCUGCUACUGCCUCAGAUGACGUCGCCAAAGCAAUCAGCCUGGCUGAAGCUAUCAGCCUGACUGAAGCUAUCAGCCUGACUGAAGCUAUCAGCCUGACUGAAGCUAUCAGCCUGACUGAGCCGACCACCGUUACUUCCACCAUCGUCGAGUACACGACUAUCGAAGACCAUGGUUCUGCCGUCGAGUCUCCAAUUGCAACAAAGACAAGCACGAUUACCUCGACCCCAACAACGACUUCUACGAUCACACAGUUCGUGACAAUCACUGAACCAGAGUCAUCAAGCGCUCUGGAGGCAUGUGCCGCGUCCACUGUCACUGUGACGGUCACUGAGAAGGAACCCUCGAAGUCGGAAGACGCUGUCGUGACUGGAACCACGACUCACGUUUCGGCGCACCCUGUUGAGGCUGAAUUCACUUUAAGUGGAACCACCACGACCAUCACUUCAUACGUUGAUGUAACCACCACGGAAAUUUUUACCUCUUCUACCUCAUUGAACUCGACCAAUUCGUUGCAAGGCUCCAAUGGUACCUAUCAAGUUCCAUCAAACUUGAAAAGGGCUGUCUUGUACGCUUUCUGA